AAUUUGAAUAUUAUUAUGGACAACUUUUAUUUUGCUACGCAUCACUGGCAUUAUCCAUUUCCGCGUUUCCAUUUCCACAACUUCAAAACAAAGUUUAAGCGGUUUAAGUUCCUGAAACAUUCAAGAAGCUUUUACUGGUUGGUUGUACAGUGUCUCACUCCUGCUAUACAUGUGAUCAGGACACUUAAGUUACAGCAAGCACAUAGACCUGUGAUGGCAAAUACUGAUUUUCACCUCCAAUUUCAAGAAUUUGAAGAUGAUCAAGGAUUCAUUGAAAGUAACCAAGGUGCCACAACAGUGACCAUCGAUGACCCCGUUAAAUCACGAAAACAACGAAAAGCUACUGGAACUGCACUUGAAGAAGAGACUGAUCCAUUGGACAGCAAUGACAAAACUGAGCUUCUGUCAGGUGAAAGAAAAAGUGCACCCUUCUGGACGUUUGAGUUUUACCAAACAUUAUUCGAUGUGGACAGCCAUCAGGUAAAGAGCAGAAUAAUUGGUUCAAUUCUGCCUUGGCCUGGGAAAAACUUUGUUGAGGUCUAUUUACGGAAUAACCCGGACCUGUAUGGACCUUUCUGGAUCUGUGCAACUCUUGUUUUUGCCAUCGCUAUUAGUGGAAACAUCUCCAGUUUUCUGGUGCACCAUGGUCAGCCGAAGUUCAAAUAUGUACCAGACUUCAGGAAAGUAACCAUGGCAGCCACAGCAAUCUACAGCUAUGCAUGGUUAGUGCCUUUAGCUCUAUGGGCUUUUCUCACCUGGCGAAAUAGGAAGAUCACAAGCCUGGUGUCCUACUCCUUCAUGCAGAUAGUCUGUGUCUAUGGUUACUCGCUCUCCAUCUACAUCCCUGCUGUGAUACUGUGGAUAAUACCAAGUGAAGGGUUGAGAUGGUUCUCCAUCAUGGUAGCUUUGUGUCUCUCAGGAUCUGUGCUGGUAAUGACAUUCUGGCCAGCCAUCAGGGACGAUAAACCAAGGAUUAUCAUAGCGAUUAUAGCCACCAUCGUGAUUCUUCACGUCUUACUUGCUGUUGGUUGCAAGGCAUGUUUCUUCAGCACAUACGAGAUGGUUCCAUCAUCAGAGGUUCACAAUGAGACACUGAAAGCGACCAGCACUUUAUCAUCCUGAAUUACAGCCUUGGGUAAAUACAGGACUUCAGUGAUGUGGCACUCUCAUGACUGUUUUAAUAGUGAUGAAAUGGCAUAGAAAUGCCAGCACUUUUAAAUGAGCCAAGUGUCAUUUGAUUGUAGCAGCUAAUGGGAAAAUAAGACAUUUGCAUUUGGCAAGAUGUUAACAUGAGACAAGACUUCCUGUACAUAAUCUGUGCUCCUCGAGAGACUGUUAUGCUUCUGUAAUUGCAGCUUCUCAUCUUGCCUUAUUAGAGAGAAUCAGGUAUCUUGAUAAUGAGAUUGUGGGCUGUCUGGAUUUCUUCAUUUUAUAUUCUGUGAGGGUCAAGUCUUAAUUUUGAUGGGGUUAUGUUUGUAGGUGAGUAGCGAAACCUUGAGAUAAUCAUCUACAACAUGUUUAAAGUUUUCUGAUUUGAGGUUCAGACACAUGUUACUGUUACAAAGCAGAGGACGUGUAUAUACGGUGUAGCUGUGGUUUAAAUAUUUAUGUGAUAAUUGAGCUUGAGAUGGUUUUCAAAAGGGUCACUCUCCUGUUUCUGCCACUUUGGGACAUGUACAUGUACUUAAAAUGUUUUAACACUUUAAAACACUACAGUGCCAACAGAAUAAAGGCAUGGAAAAAUAAAAUAAAAUGUGUUAAAUUGCACAUACACACAUACAUAUUCCAGUUAUAAUGAAGUUUGAAGUCAAAGCUAGAGUUCAUUUAAAUAUUUUACAAACUUUCAGUUCUCUAUGAUGGCCAUUGAUUUUUAUUUUAUUUUAUUGUAUCAUUUUUUUCACUGUAUAUUUGUAACAAGAUCUGAGUCUUUUCUUUAAACUAGAUACUUGUAGAUAAAAUGCCAAGAACAAUUAACUGUAUUCCAAGAUGUCACGUUGUAAUAAAUAUUUAGCAGUU